AUGUCAAUUAGAGUCACAUCUGGAUUGUUUUUCAGGGCUUUGUUCACCAGUGACUGGAAUGAUUCAGGAAAUGGGGAAUACCAAUUCCCAGGCAUUUUCCCAGAAACACUGAGGCAGAUCAUCGAGUACGCCUAUACGUACUCUGUGCUUGUCACGGCUGACAAUGUGGAGAACCUCCUGUUAGCCGCUGACCAGCUAAACAUCCUGGGCAUUGUACAGCGAUGCUGCGAUUUUCUGCAUGACCAGCUCUGCCCCCAGAACUGCAUUGGCAUUUUUCAAAUCGCAGACAUCUACUGCCUCAAUGAGCUGCGCCAGUCUGCCUUCCAUUCAAUCCUGAGGAACUUCAAGGAGGUUGCCACCACUUCAGUGGAGUUCCCGGAGCUCACCUUGCAACAGCUGUGUGACAUCAUUGCGAAGGAUGAGCUGAAUGUCACACAGGAGGAUGUGGUGUUUGACGCCAUCCUCCGAUGGAUCAAGCACGAGCCUGUCAGCCGAGAGGCCCAUAUUUCAGUCCUGUUACCAAAGGUCCGGAUGGCUCGCAUGGAUCCGGAAUAUUUCAUGAAGAUCGUGAAAAACAACGAUUUAGUGAAGACCAAUGCGGCAUGCAGGCCCAUUGUCAAUGAUGUCUUGAAGGUCAUGUAUGAUCUCGACGUUGAAAGUCCAAGCUCUGACUUUGAUAACCCUCUGAUCCGCUCACGCCUGCCAUCUGACAUCUUGCUGGCUGUUGGGGGCUGGAAUAUGCGUACAAACAACUGGAUCGACGCGUACGACACACAGGCCGACCGUUGGGUGGAUGUUACGCAAGAGGAGCAGAGCUACCUAGCCGGACAUGGCACCGUGUACUGCGAUGGAUUUGUGUACUGUAUUGGGGGGUUUGAUGGCCAAAACUUCACCAAUACCGUGCGCAGAUUCAACCCCAUGACACGGACAUGGCAGGAGAUGGCUCCAAUGCACUGGCACCGCUGUAAUGUUAGCGUAGCCGUGCUUGAUGGUUUUAUCUACGCCAUGGGUGGCCAUAUUGGUUUCAGGCCCCUCAACAAAGUUGAGCGGUAUAAUCCAGAAACCAACGAAUGGACCCUGAUCGAUCCCAUGAAUGAGUGGCGGAACAAGGCCAGUGCCACCACCCUGAAUGGCAAGGUAGGUUAAUGGGAGGCUGUCUGACUGUGU